GCCAUGGAGCAGUACUUCUCGGCCACCCAGAAGAUGGAGCAGGAGGUGAUGUUCCCCAGCCUGCUGCGAGGGGUCUUCCCGCAGCAGGACCAGGACGGGGAGGCCCCGCACGAGGGCGGCCCCGCGGACCUGUACGAGCGCUACCAGCUCCUCAAGGCCAUCAAGCCCGUGGUGGAGCGAGGCCUGGCCUCCGUCACCGACCCCAGCCCCAGCGGGGACACCGACGCCGACACCGAUGCAGAGGACACCGCCGUGGACGCUCGCCUGGAGGAGCGCCUGUCCCACCACCUGGCCGGCUUGCAGCAGGUCCUCACCCACCUCACCAGGGACACCAACGCCCUCACGCGCAGGUACAGCCAGAUCCUGGAGCAGAUCAGCCCCGGCGACGGGCAGCCCAGCUGGUGAACCUGCCGCGGCCUCCAGCCCCGCUCGGCCUCCUCGCAGCGCCGGGACCCGCGGGGAACGCGAUGGGGCCGUAUCCUCAUAGGAAGAGCCAUCGGUUCCCUCCUGGGGCCACCAGCGGAGCUGCCCGCCUCCUGCCCUCCUCUUUAUUUUCAAAGAGCAGCAGCACCAGCAGCGGC